CCGAGUUAUCAAUGUUUCCUUGCUUCUGGCAACAGUGAGGGGUUGUUUCAGUAGUAGUAAAAAAUAAUUGCUUUAAAAUGGAUGGAGUCCAGAGCGUGCAUCCAUAUAGCUUCCAAACAUAAGCAGUGCCUUGUCGUGCAUAAAAAUUUCUUGUCUGCAGGUUGGAAAUUCUGUGAAAGGAGAAUGUAUUUCCAAAGUGUCUUAGUGUUAUAAAGUUGGGUUGGGGUGUUUUUUGUUUUGAGUUUUAUGUACAAGUUGGCUUGAUCAGUUUGUAAGGAGGAGGAGAUGGUCUAAUGGAAGUCAUUUGUGAUUUGGUUCUUGGAAGUCUGCUUCUCUUUCUCACCUGUUAUGAAGUCCUCAGGUAUCAUCACUUGUAAUGCUUGUUACAACAAGAAUGUUGUGGUGUUUGUUGUGCUUGGGAUAAAGUAAGAAGCUGUCCAUUUCUUACGUAGCUAAUCUUGUCAAUUAUGAAAUUGGGUUAUUAGAUUUAUUGAUUAUCCUUAUAUUCUUAGUAAUCAAAACUCAGUCCUGGUAUAUGGAAACAUAAGUUCAGAUUAUUUCCUGUCAGAAACUUUGGAAGUAUUAUUUAGAAGAAGAAUAAUGGAAAAAAAACCUUCCAGAGCCUUACUUCUUUAUUCACUGAAAUUCUUAUUCAAACAGCAGCAUGUUUAGUGCUUUCUUAGCUGAUGGUUAUGUUUAUCUGAAAAUGCAGAAUACCCUUUUCUGUUUAUUUUCUUAAAUUUUCUAUUCAGCAUUAGACUUCCUCAUUUUUCUCCAGCAGAAGAUGGUCUAUGAGGCCAAAUCCUGUGACUUAAAGUUUUUUAAGAGAGAAUUAAGUGCUUUACUAACAAGUCUUGAUAUCAAAUCCAUGCUUGUGUGAAAGCGAGAGCGUGGAGCGUAUUGCUAAAGAGCAACCUGGUGAUUCAUCUGUUAACUCCUUCUGGGCAGAAGUUGCUUGUUUGAGCCCAGUUUGCUCUAAUACCCUGUUUGUCUGCUAGCAGUUUUGGAAAGGUCCUUUUGGGGCAGUACAUGCUCUUCUGCAGGUGUACAUCUGAGGUAUCUGCAUUAUUCAUUUAUUUUGUUGCCUUGGGAAAUUUUGUCGGAGCACAAAACUUCAGGUCCUGCCAGGACCUUAACCCAACUUUAACUAUUUGUGCUGUCUUGUACAUGAAAUGUUUUGGUUAGGUAAGAGGAGUUGUUUGUUCUAGGGAUGAUGGUUGUAAUAGCUUCUCUUCACAAUGUUUUUUUUUUUCCUAUCUGAAUCGUUUUUUAUUGCAGAGGAUGUCUGUUCUAUGGUCCACCAGGAACUGGAAAGACCCUGGUUGCACGAGCCCUUGCGAAUGAGUGCAGCCAGGGGAACAGGAGAGUGGCAUUUUUUGUGAGGAAAGGUGCAGACUGCCUCAGCAAAUGGGUUGGAGAGUCUGAAAGGCAACUUCGUUUAUUAUUUGAUCAGGCAUAUCGCAUGAGGCCUUCAAUUAUUUUCCUCGAUGAGAUUGAUGGUCUUGCUCCUGUCCGGUCCAGUAAGCAAGACCAGAUUCAUAGCUCCAUCGUAUCAACGCUUCUGGCACUCAUGGAUGGGUUAGACAGCAGAGGGGAGGUGGUUGUCAUCGGUGCGACCAACCGACUGGAUGCCAUCGAUCCUGCCUUACGAAGACCUGGACGCUUUGACCGCGAAUUCUUCUUUGGCCUCCCAAAUAAAGAGGCUAGAAAAGAAAUUUUCAAGAUCCAUACCUGUGACUGGACUCCUAAGCUGUUGGACACCUUUAUAGAUGAGCUUGCUACAGAAUGUGUUGGGUACUGUGGAGCUGACAUAAAAUCUUUGUGUGCUGAGGCUGCUCUCUGUGCCCUCCGCCGACGCUAUCCUAAGAUCUACUCCAGUAAUGAGAAAUUGCAACUGGACAUCAAUUCUGUUAAAAUAAACGCAGAAGAUUUUGUGAUGGCUAUGGAGAAAAUCAUUCCGGCGUCACGGAGGGCUGUGCCAUCACCGGGCCAAGCACUGUCACCUAUUAUGGCACCACUCCUAGGAAAUACGCUCUCGAGAAUCUUACAAGCCCUGCAAAGGGUAUUUCCUCAUGCAGAGCUUGCGCUGAAGAAGGACCAGCAGCAAGGCAAUUUAAAUCCUUUCUUAAAAGGUGAUGCAUUUGGCAGAAAUUAUGAAUCCCCCUCAAUCUUAGAAGAGAAUGUAACAGAUACAACGAUUUGCAGACCACAGGGAAAAUUCCUUGAUUUUAGUAGGAAAGCUUACUGGCAGCCUACAUCCUGCAGGCCACAUCUGCUGUUAGCAGGAAAGGCAGGAUAUGGCCAGGCAUCCCACUUGGCACCUGCUGUUUUGCAUUCUCUGGAAAUGUUUCCAGUUCAUACUCUGGACAUGUCAGUUUUAUUUGUUAACACGUCAUCACCUGAAGAGACAUGUGCACAGUUGAUCCGAGAAGCUCAGAGGACAGCACCAAGCAUAAUUUAUAUCCCACACAUCCAUUUGUGGUGGGACAGUGUUGGAGCUACGCUGAAAGCUACCUUUCUAUCACUAAUUCAGAACAUUCCAUCAUUUGCUCCAGUCUUGCUGCUUGCAACAUCAGAUGUCUGUCACACUGCUCUCCCGGCUGAGGUACAAACAUUGUUUAACAGUGAUUUUGGAGAAGUUUUCAAUAUCCAAUCUCCCAGUGAGGAUGAAAGAAAACAUUUUUUUGAGGACUUGAUCUUGACUCAAGCUGCUAAACCUCCCGCUUCAAGAAGGAAAGCAGAGGUGUCAAAAAGAAAACGCAAAAAAACCGACUCCUCUUUUCCCGUUGCAAAGAGAAGAAGGUCUUUUCAAUUCAAUGAAGAACAGAGGCACACGAGUGCUGAAAAAGCAAUGGACAUUAUGACAGAGUCAGCUAUUGUAGUGCUGGUGGAUUACUGUGAGCUCAAACAACUGCUGGAUAUGGUCACUGAUCUAACAAAGGAGGCUGAUAUAUUCUAUUUUGAAAAAUUAUAUGCUAAAAUUUGUCAGUGUAUUUAUCAACAUCAAGACGAUAAUGACAAAACCGAAUUACUGAAGGUUUUGAAGAAAGAAUUUAAAGCCUUAGCACGAAUGUGAUCUGUGACAUCCUUGAUUGCUGUUCUGCAAAGUUGUUUUCGUUGGAUGUUCUUCUGUUAUUGUUGCGUGUAAUUCAGUACUUUAUGUAGAUAGAACAAAUAUAUCUUAAUGUAUAUUUUUAAUGUUCAGAAACUCUUUCUAAGUGUGUUUAUUUUGUAUUCUUUCCCUGUAUGUGUUGAUAUUUUGUGAUGAAUAGCGAACUCAGACAGAAGGAGUACGGUCUUCUGAGAUCAGUGCGUUCAGCCGUCCUCUGCAAUGCACAGCACCUUAACCUCGUGUUGUGUGGUUUGUGAAGUACUGCAGUCAGUGCCUUGGUCACAGUGUAGAUGUGAAUGUCUUCCAGAUGCUUCCAGUGCCUCUUCUUAAAAGAAAAGGAUGGAGAAAUGGAUAAGCCUAUAUCAUCCUUUCUCAGACUCAUAUUUUUUUCUGCAGAAAUCCCUGGUGAUGUAUAUUGUACAGCACGGUAUGUGAGGGUUUUAAAACGAGUCUGAUUCUGACAUGUGAAAUCUAAUGCCUUUAGAAAACUCUCAGUGCAGUUCAGAGACUUCUUUGGUUUUGUUUUUUUAAAUUGCCUGAUAGCAUCUCAGGUGGCUUUCC